GCAGAAAAGUACGUGAACUUCAGUACAUGCAUAACUUGCUAGUAGCAAUUUCAUGCAAAUGUCAACCUUACCUUGUAAAUAUAAAGCACACAGGAACAAAUCGCUCUGCUCACUGAGAUUUAUUUUUUAAGGAAUUUGACUAUUCCUAUAAGAGCACCACAUUUUAAUCCACCCUUAUUGCACUGUUUCAACUGAAGGAUCAACACUUUUGUACUUCAUAACCCAAUGCCACUAGUAAAGCAGAGAGAUUAUUAUCUUUAAUUCUUUAUUUUUAUAUACAGUUCCCUCCAAAAGGUGCCACGUUCUAAGCUGUGUAACACAUCUAGAUGUAAAUAUCAGGAAAUGAUCAGGAAAUCAGCUGAAAUUUUGAUCUAUUGUUUCAUUUUCAUGUUUUGAUCUCAAACACAAAUAUCUUCAGCGUAUAGCAAAAACAAAAGAAUUGGCCUUGCCGUUCCAAUACUUUCAGAGGCGACUGUAUUAAAAAUUAAUUUUCUGCAAAAACUGUGUAUAUGAUAUCAAAUCUAUGACAAUGAUAAACUGCUAUAUAUCUGUAACACAUGAAUAAUUAAUAUACAUUUGGUCUGCAUUUUCCCUGUAAAAUCUCAUGGCCAGAUAUGCACACUUUCUCACAAAAUGGGGCAUUUCUAGGUUUGUUAACAAAGUGCCAGCUUUUAAUGGUUGCAGGAAAGAAAGGGGAAAAUGCAACAAUAAUAAUUGAUUUUAAUGCCUAGUUACUGUGACUAACAAUGGAGUGGGUUAUUGGGUAAAGUACUCAUGUGAUACUUUCAGAGAAGGUUAUAUAGAUGUACUUUUACAUGAUAUUGAUUUCACAUCAUCAUAAUGCCCAGCCCUAACCUCCAAACUGAUCCCAGAUCAGCAGAAAUAAGCAGCGGUACACUGCAUGGAACAGUGGACAACCCUUUUUUCUGUCCUAAAUUCUUCCUCCAUUCUCUCCAGGGAGAGUAAAAGAAAGGUGAGAAAAACUAACAGAGACUCAUCCCUUAGCUUCACAUGGACCAAGAGAGUGAGGGAGGGAAAGAAAGAGGAGCUCAUUUUCUGUGUUUGUCCAACAGCUGGAGAUGCUUUUCCUGUGAGAGGAGGGGACAAAUAGAGAUAGUGCUUGAGAGAGGAAGGGGCUUUGUACCCAGCUUUUAAUCCCAAAGAAGUGCUCUGACUAGAGGAAAAACUAGACCAUUUCCUCAUUUUCAGCAAUCCUACAUUUUCCUUUACAUCUAUAGGUGACUAUCUAUGUGUAUCCUUUUUUCACUGCUCUCAGGUCAUGACAAAGGAUGUGGUCACCAUUUUGGCCUUGAAUGUACCCGGUUGGUCAGUAUUAGUAAACCGUAUGCGUACAGUCCUUUAAAAAGAGCAGGAGAGGAGGAGUGGAAAUAUUGUAUGAGUGUCUCAGUUCUAAUGCCAGACAGGAAGCCAGCAGUGACAAACUGCCAAAAAGUAUAUAGCACUCUCUCCAUUAAAACAGUAUGUGCUUGAACUGAACACACAGAUGUGAAUCAGGUGUCUAAAUACACUUUUUCCCCCCACUCAGUGCCACUUUUUGUAAAGACAAACAGUCCUGAUCUGAAUUUGAAGAUGUUCUGAGGCAGCUGUAUUACAUCCUUGUUAAAAGAGGCCAUAAAAUGUCAGCCACGAUAGUGUCUCGACUUCAGCCUUUUACUUAUUAGGCCAUCAGGCUUUAGGCUGCACUCUCUCUCUCUCUCUCUCUCUCUCUGUGUGUGUGUGUGUGUGCUGGAGGGCCUUUUUAAGCACUGAGCUCCAGCAGUGAGCAGCAUGGUAAGGGUGGCUGUUAAACGGCUUUAGUCACUGGCUAUCCAUUGUUUGGAGAUUUUGUCUGGAGGGAAGGGAAGCAGGACCUGCAUGUGUGUGUGUGUGCGUGCAUGGGUGUAAAAAAGAGAUAGCUAGGAUUGCUCAAUUAAUCAUGUUCGGAUCGUGUUCACAACUUUUGACUUAUUUAAUGAGAUAAAUGUAAUCAACAGCAUCACUGACUUUGAUUAAAGCUGGGUAUUUGUCAGAUAUAUUAAGCUAUUAGUAUAACUUCAAUUCCCACUUUUUAAAUUAAGUGCAGUAACUGUAGCUUUUUUAAAGUAGGUUUUUCAGUACUGGGUUAACUUUUUAUUUAUUGAGACUAAAUCACGUGCUUUCCUUUGCUUCAUGUAUGUGUUUUAGCCCCAGUCUAACUGGUGCUUAUAUUUUGCAGUUAAGAUUUUAGUCACAUAUUAUUGUGAAGGGAUAUGAAAUCACAAUCUAUAAUGUGAAAGAAAAGCCUGUUUUAUGCAAAUUUUAUUGAAAAAGUCCUACAAAACUCCUUUCUAAUUUGGCUGAACGAUUGUGAUAAAUCAUUCUGAUUUUACUAUUAAGCAAAGCAGUUGUUAUCAUUUUAGCUCUUAUUGUGCCGUCCUACUUUCUGCUUGUGCGUAUUUGGUCCUUAGGUCAUUUGUCUCCAAGUCUCUCUCUCACUGUCUGUGCCAAAGCCCAAGUCUCACCAGAGACCUUCAUGUCCAAGAAGUGUGUGUAUAUAUCUAUGUGUGUGAGGCAUUGUCUCUAAAUCCUCUCCAGUCGUUCUGCUCUGUUUCUUCUCAAAGCCUGUGUGGCUGUUUCCCUCCUUUUUUUCCCCCAGUCUUUCCACACACUAAAACCAGCUCUAGAUCUACCAAACUGUUAACGAAUCUGAUCCUGCAUUCAAAGAAAACACAUGUCCAGGAGAUCCUAGGUCAACCCUGAAACUACUUUUAGAGAUUUAUGAUCGAGUUAUCCAGAUUUCAAACGAACAACUCUUGUAUCCUUUUUGCUUGUGGUCUGGUUGUCAUUUCCCUCUCUCUAAUCCUUUUUUUCUUACUCCUUCUGUAGGCUUGAGUUGUUUGCAGCUUGUCAACAGCAGGGUGGUGGAUGGGAUUGCAUUCAGCACAGUGCGAUUACAUCAUGUAGUAGCUACGAUCUGUGGGUAUAGUGACAUGUGUGGGCAUCGUGGGAAGUCCAUGCCACAGCAGAGAUCACAGAUAUGGGGUCUUAAGCGCAGUGCUGAAAUCUGCACAGCUGAUUUCGGGUCAGAUUUUGCUUUUUGUAGCUUCAUGAGUACAUUUAUAUGAUGAAGGAGAAAUGAUUGGGGAUCAGUACACUUAAUAUAUGGCAGAUAUUGGCAUUAAAUCCCAGUUUCUGGAAAAGGUCCUUGGCCCAGCUGGAUAUACAGAGAUUCUCAGUGUGUUUUGUGCUAUACAGGAUGAGGUUAAGAUUUUAGACCCUUAUAACAAAUUGAAGUUGAAGACUAACUUCCAGUCAAAUUACAGCAUUUGAAGGCAGGGAUAGUUUACUUAAAUCACUGUCGCAGUCAAUAGUCAGGGUCAGCAAGCAGGCAGACGACCAAGGUUAACCAGGGUGAAAAUGUUCUCAUAAAAACACAAGACAUAGGCAACACAAUCGUGUCUAGUUAGAAAAACUAUAAACUAGAGAAAACUAGGAAAAACAAAAUAGGUUCCAUAUGUACUCAACGUAGAGGUUACAGUCUGGAGAUUUUUUCUCUUGGUUCUAUGCAGAUGCACCUUGACUUUUGAAUGAAUAUUUUGAAAAUAAUCAUUAAAACUGAACAAAGACAAAUUUCAUUUUAUUGAGGCUCUACAACAGCCCCCUAAGUGCAAUUAGAACCAUUAGGAAUAUUUGCACAUUAUUAAAUGGUAGUUAACAACUAUAAUCUUGUGUCUUUUCACCAAUAAAAAUGCACCUGCAUGACCUGCAUAGGGAAAACAACCCUUUCUGAGAACCCAUAAGAUGUGUCCAUCAAAGCACCACCCGAGCCACACAUGCAAACAAUUUGCUGUGCUUGAAAAACGGUGCAAUGUGAAACCAACCGAAACGAAUGAAAAAUGUCACAAAAAGUCAAUCUCUACUACAGACUUUAGGAAGACAAACUAGGUGGCAAAACAGCCUAAGAGUGUAGGAAAAGUGAAUACUCCGUUUUACAGUGCAAGAUUUUGAGAAGACUUGGCGGAGAAACAAAGGGUUUAAAUUACACGGUGGGAAAUGAGGGUCAGGUGGAACCAAUCAGAAACCAUGUGGGUACACAAGAACAGGACACUAUGUCAGGAACAAAACAGUUAUUAGAAAAUGACCAACAGGGUGGUGUAAUGCAAAGGGUGUUUACCAACCCAGGGAUGAUAAUUUUCCAGUAGUUACACACAACAAAGCGUUUUAUUGCUUUUAUAUCAAAGCAAUUUGCCAAACGUUCCCCACUUUUUUUUAUCCAUUUAUAGGUAUUUUUGCUUGUUGUGGAAUGUAGUUCUGGUUAUCACUUACAAUAUAACAGGUACAAACAGCCGUGCCCUCACCAGCUUCUAAUAAGACAGCAAAGUAUCCUGAAGACUUCCUCGUGUCAGGAAAUAGUUUACCUACCUUUGAGUCUUCUUUCAUAAUUGUUAAAUAAACAUUUCAUUAGAGAAAGCAUCACUAGAGCAAUGUUUAUGUGUUUUUCCUUGUUAAAUACCAACAUGUUUAAAAAUUGGUUAUUGUUAGGCUUAAAUUAUGCAAGCUUUUGCCACUGUUAAUGAGUUGUUACUAUAGCAACAAUAACGUAUUAGAACGAGCAGAUUAAUACAUGCCUGUAGUUUGCUAUGCAGCCAACACUGCAUCAUAUUCUUGCAAAAAAAAAAAAUAGUCAACACCUAUUGACCAAUCAGAUUCAAGAAUUCAGUAGGUAUAAAUACAGAUAUUUAAAGUGGAAAACAAAGAGGGACAGACUGAAGUGUUGAGUGUGGGUUACCAUAGGGGUCAGAGCCAGACUGGACUUAGUCAGGUAGCUGGGUGUUGUGAGGCCGUGGUUGUGGACAUGGUUGUAGGUGUGGCAGGAAUGUCAAUAUCCUGGCCUAGUGGUUCUGUAGAAUGCUUUGAAUGACUUUGGGAAGCCCUUAUAUGUUUGAGUGGUUGUUUUGUACUUGUGAAGUCAAAGGUAAAAAUCCCAGUGGAGAUGUUUCAUUUUCAUACAGUCAGCAGAAGCAGAUGCUACUGGAUUAGACAAUCAGGAAUAGCUGUUUAAUUCUGAUCCUAAAAGGUUGGAAAGAGGAAGCGUAUGCUGAAUCAACACUUUUACAUCUCUUCAGGAAAUGCAGUGUGCUACUUCCUGUGCUAGGAGUGUGUGGUGUUUGUCAGUCUCUGUGAAUGAGGUAAAGGGGGCCAAGCAGAGGUCAUUUAUAAAGUGGAAAUGACCACAAAAAAGGGCAGAGGCUGUGUGUGUGGAGACGUUUGUGCAAUGAUAAGACAAAGGGUCUUCUGGCCACACUCUUCCCACAAAAGUUAAAAGACCAUUCCAUAAACGUGACAUCAUUCUCUGACUUUUUGCUGCUGUGUUCAGCACAGGGAUUGAGUUAACUCUCUUUAAUCUUUGUUACUUCUUUAAUCUAGAUACCACCAAAUUAAUGAUUAGUAAGAUAAUGACUUCCUGCAAAGGCCCCUUCCCAGGAUGUCAUUAGCAACAGCCCGAGCUGCUGAAAGCUAACAGUGAAGACACAUUUUACAAGAACAGUACGACACUCUGCUGUCUAAAUCACACAUCAAGUUGUUUGUUUCGUUCACACAUCAAGCAACUGCACAAGGCAUCCCAUUAAACAUUUAGGAAAAGGGUUCCUAAUGGGUUAUUUGGAUGGUUAGUGGUUUUAGCUUUUUUGGGACUUUUUUUUGAAAGAGAAACCCUUUUUGGAUGGUACUACAAUGAAACUUUAGGAGUUCCUCUAAUAGGACAAAGCAAAGAAUCCUUUAGGGUGCUAGAUGGAAUCUUUUUUCCAAGUGUUUAUAUCACCAUAAUGCCUAACCUUUUAACCUGGUUUAUUAUCAUGAUCUAUUACUUAAUAAAAUGAACAGUUGUCAGUGGUGUAACAGGUAGCAUUGCCAACUCGCAAAACCAGGGAUCCUGUUUCAAUCCUGAGCGCAGGUUACUUUCUCCCCCUGUCUAUGUGGGUUUCCUCCAGGUUCACCAGUUUCUUCCCACCUUCCAAAUACAUGCCAGUAGGUGAAUUAGCUACUCUAAAUUGCCUGGAGGUAUGAAUGUGCAUGAGCUUGGUGCCCUGUGAUGAAUUGGCAUCCCAUCCAAGGGUUUAUCCCUUUUUGGGGCUUGUGUUCCCAAGAUAAGGGUUUCCUAUCCGGUUAUGGUGGAACCUGGGUUUCCUCUGGGUUCCCCAGUUUCCUUCCAGUUCCCGAAAACCUGCCAGUAGAGGCAUAUGUGUUUGCUUGGUGCCCUGUGAUGAACUGGCAUCCCAUCCAUUGGUGUAUUCCUGCCUUGCUCCCAGUGUUCCUGAGAUAGGCUCCGGAUCCACGGUGACCCUGACCAGGAUAAUACAGUUAUUGAAGAUGAAUGCAUGUGUGUCAGUACUUGUCUAAUUUGGCAGUAUUUUAACUGAAAAGGAACCUCAGCCGACAUCACUGAUGUGCUCGAAAUGACAAUUGGAUAAACAUUGGUUAAAUAUUGCAAUAUGUUGUCUAACUGAUUAUCAGCACAUGCUUAUGUGACAGAUACCAGAGAAGAACAUCAGCUCUAUGUGUAGUGUGGUUUAAAUUCAAGGAAAAAACACACAGAGAAACCAAAAGCACAUUAUGUAUAUUCCAUCAGAUAUUCUUCCAAGCCAGAGUAUAUAUAUUUAGAACGCAUUUGAUUCUCGGAAACAUCAGCGGUUCUGCGAUUGAUUUUAUACCCAUAUGUUGGAAGACUUUCUCUUGUCUUUGCAUGAUUGAUCUCCGAUAUUCUCCUAUAUUAUUAUCCCAUAAUAAAGGUUUUGUGGGCGGUGAAAUGUUCGAGUUGAAAACGUGGAAGAUGGGUAGAGUUUUUUUUAUAUGAGCCUUUAAAUAGAUGUCUUUAGGCGGGGUUCAGAGCUUUUAGUGGUGAGGCCUGCUGCUUUCCAGCCACACCAAACCUGCUAAAGUGCUUCUCCACUCAUUGCACGAGACAAAUCUGAAGGACAGAGGUCUGCUGACUGUACAGUGUAUCUCAUCAAUGUCACUUACUCUGAUACCACGUCCCACAUUAUCUACCGGAGAUACAGCAAAUUCUUCGACCUUCAGAUGCAGCUUCUCGACAAGUUCCCAAUCGAGGGAGGGCAGAAGGACCCCAAAAAGCGCAUCAUCCCUUUUCUUCCAGGUAAAAUCCUGUUUCGACGAAGUCAUGUACGAGACGUGGCCAUGAAGAGACUGCGCUUUAUAGAUGACUAUUGCAGAGCGCUGGUGCGACUUCCUCCCCAGAUCUCCCAGAGUGAGGAAGUGCUGCGUUUCUUCGAGACCAAACCAGAUGACAUGAACCCUCCUGUAGACACCAUGGCGUUUAGGAAAUCUAUGAGCAAUGACAGCUCAGUGAUUAAACACCAGAGCUCGAACAGGGACUAUGGCACCAAACGCAAAUCAGUUUGGAUGUAUGGCCUACAGGACAGUCCCACCAAGUCUGAGGCCUCAGGCCUGGACAGCAGUGAACCCAUGGUGCUGGAGCAGUACGUGGCUGUGGCCAACUAUGAGCGGCAGGAGAAUUCUGAGAUCAGCCUGCGUGCCGGCGAGACGGUGGACGUAAUCGAGAAGAGUGAGAGCGGCUGGUGGUUCGUCAGUACUGCAGAAGAACAAGGCUGGGUUCCUGCCACAUAUUUGGACGCUCAGACUGGCACUAGAGAUGAUCUGGACCUGGGUACAUCUAGAUCAGGAGAGGUUACUAAGCGGCGCAAGGCCCAUCUGAAGCGACUGGACCGGAGGUGGACACUAGGGGGCAUAGUCAACCGCCAACAGAGUCGAGAGGAGAAGUACAUCACUGUGCAGCCCUACACCAGUCAGGGUAAGGACGAGAUCGGGUUUGAGAAAGGAGUAACCGUGGAGGUCAUUCAGAAGAACCUGGAGGGAUGGUGGUAUAUCAGGUACUUGGGCAAGGAGGGCUGGGCCCCGGCUUCAUACCUGAAGAAGCUGAAAGACGACCUGUCCCCAAGGAAGAAAACCCUGACUGGCCCCGUGGAGAUCAUUGGUAACAUCAUGGAGAUCAGCAAUCUGCUCAACAAGAAAGCGGUCAGCGAGAAGGAUGUGCAGACGGAUGGAGAGGCUACCACACCUGAUCGUCACAUCUCCAAGAGCGAGAUCAGUCUUCCCAUGCCAUGUGCCCCUGAAGUAGACCAAGUUUCAGUGACAGCCAGCACUGCCCCAAAGGCAGGCUUGCAGUCUGCAUGUAGUGCCACCCUACAAGACACUAAGCCAAAGGCAGAGCCGGGCUCGCCUGCUAUAGCAAGAGUGGCGCCACACCGAGUGGAGAUCGGAUCUCCAAAUCUCAGACAGAAACCUCCCCCUCGACGAGAUACAAAUCUGGGAUUCCAGCUGCCAAAGCCUCCAGAGCCCCCUACUGUGGAAACAGAGUACUACACCAUUGCAGAGUUUCAGUCCUGCAUCUCAGAUGGCAUCAGCUUCCGUGGAGGACAAAAGGCUGAUGUAAUAGAGAAGAACUCUGGUGGCUGGUGGUACGUCCAGAUCGGGGACAUGGAGGGUUGGGCACCUUGUUCCUACAUUGACAAGCGCAAGAAGCCUAACCUAAGCAGGAGAACUAGCACACUCACUCGCCCCAAAGUGCCACCCCCGGCACCACCUGUCAAAAAGCAGGACUCAGAGGACACAUCUUGCCCCAGUGCUUCCGCCUCCAAAGCUCCAGAAUCCCCCAGUAGGCCUGUAUAUGAGGAGCCGGAGUAUGACAUUCCCGCUAUCGGAUGUGAUCUGGAUGUGGACACAAGCAUUAUAAAAAAAGAGCCUCGUCCUGUGCUUAUAAAAAGCAGUAAAGCUGCUGCUGAAAGAAUCGCUCAGGCUACAGGUAAAGCCUCACCUCUUUUUACUGUGAAGACCUCCCCCUUAAGGAAUGAGCACUCAGUGGAAGAAGUCACCAGGGAGGAGGCAAUUUAUGAGAAUGAUGGUUUUAGAUAUUCCUCUGAAGACUUUGUCUCUGCCAGAGAAUCUAGUGCUGUGGGUUCAGAAUCCCCAAGAAGUCGUACUUUGGGCCGCAAACCCCUGGGGUCCUCAUCUGGGGGCGGAAAAUCUUUCAGGGACCCUCCAGAUCUGCGAACUCAGUCACUAACCCGUGGUGAGAAGACCAGCCCAAGAUUGUCUUCAGAUGAAUCUGGCCGAAAUCCCAAAAGGGAGCCGGUUUUGCGCAAGGAUGUGGAACUCCGGAUUGGUCAAAGCCCCUCAACUCGUCCCAAACCAGUGGUCCGACCAAAGCCCCUAUUGACCAAGUCUGAAACACAGAGCCCAGAGAGGAUGGACAUCAGCAGCUUGCGGCGGCAGUUGCGUCCUGCAGGAAUUCGACAUGGGAUAGUCCGUGCACGUGGUGGAGAAGACUCUGAGACAGCAUCAGUGGUGUCAUCAGAGGAUUCUGUGACCUCCCGAAGCACAUCAGACCUCUCCAGCACCUAUUCUAAGGGCAGCAGAGGGGACUCUGAUUAUGAGGUUGCCUUGUACCGUACUACAGAUGCAUAUGAGCGGGCACAAGAAUCUGAGCUCAGCUUUCCUGCUGGUGUGGAAGUGGAGGUACUGGAAAAGCAGGAGAGUGGCUGGUGGUAUGUCCGCUGGGGUGUAGAUGAGGGCUGGGUACCUACGUUCUACCUAGAGCCUAUUAGGCAACCUUCAGAUGCAGGUGUCUCAGAGUCUCAUGAUGGAUCCCUGGCAGAGCUGAGCAACACCAGCAAGUCGAAUAGCUUAGAAAAGAAUGAGCAACGUGUCCAAGCUCUCAAUAACCUAAAUCAGCAGAAUCUACGACGGGCAACAAAUCCCAGCCCUCCUAUUCCCAAUAAGCCACCUGGUGGCUUUAGUAAGCCAUCCCCCCAGCUCAACGGUUCAGGUGUACGAAUGCGGAACGGCGUUCGUCAGGCAGCUGUGCGACCACAGUCAGUUUUUGUGUCCCCACCACAGCCUGUGAAGGACACCAAUUUAUACACAGGGUCCUUAAGGCGCAAUGAAUCACUAGGUGCCAGCGAUCACAUGAGGUCUAGUGGUGGUGUGCGCCGAAACUCCUCCUUCACUGCUGUGCGGCCACAGCCUGCUACUGAUGUAAGGAUGAGAUCCGGAACCACCACAGUUGCACCAGCCGGAAGCUCUAGCCCCUUGAUUGCCCAGAGAAAUGGAAUUCCAGUCUCUACAGUGAAGCCCAAACCCAUAGAGAAGACGCAUCUCAUUCAUAACAACCUACGGGAAGUCUAUGUCUCCAUUGCAGAUUAUCGUGGAGACGAGGAGACUAUGGGCUUCCCUGAAGGCACCAGUCUGGAGGUUCUAGAAAAGAACCCUAAUGGAUGGUGGUACUGCCAGGUUCUAGAUGGCCUACAAGGAAGGAAAGGCUGGGUGCCAUCCAACUACCUUGAAAGAAAGAAAUAGCACCGACUCACCUCCCCAAAGAAUGUUACUUAAAUUUAAAUGUACAUUUGCUAUCAAACUCUAUGAGGGGGACUUUUUUGUAUCAAUAUGAGACACUUUAGUGCUGGUUUACUUAAAAUUACAUAAGACUCUAAAGAUGAUCAGUUAUGUGUAAGUGGAGUACGCAAGUAAGAAAAUGCCAUCAAGGAAAACUGGGCUAUCCCAGUGUCUUAAGCAUCAUUGGAGGAUGUCUCCAUUUUGAAAGAAGAAGAACAGAAAUGGUUUUGAUAGAAUGGUAGAUCCAGGCAAAUGUUGAGAGAAAUUUUAUGCCAAAUGGGUGCCUUUGUCCAUCAUUGACUGAAUGUUAAAUGGAAUAAUUUAAACACCAGUGAAUCAGUCUAAGUACCAAACUUCAACUUGGUGCCAUAGGCCUAUGAGUGCAGAAAUCAACCAAAACUAUUUUUGCUACAAAAUUACAGAAAAAAAUAGAAAUGGAGAGAUUUCAGUAAAAGAAACACACAAAAUGAGUGAGCACUCAAAAACAAGAAUGUAAGACAUCGGAUAAGCAAAUAACAAAUGGUCUUUACCGUUGAGUGCAUUUAAAGAUUACAUUUGAUUUUCAUAUUUUUAAACUUUUGUUCAGUUUUUUAAUUGCUUUAUCGUAUCUUGUGCAUUUUCAUGUCUUCCUUAGAGAUGUAUUUCUGCUUUCUUGUGACAUCCCUGCAACUCUAUCGGCCUGGAAAAAGAAGUCCCUCAACGAGAUACUUGUCAUGUGAUCUUUCGUUUGUUCUGAUGUGUCUCUGGUGGGGGUUUUGUAAUUGGCUUUACGUUUUUGGCUCUCCAUUUUCCUUUACCCCUUUCCUUACCUAUAAAGCCCAGCCGUCAUGAAUAAAGGUCACUGAUUCAUUAAAGAAUAAGAUGUGGUGCAGUUAUGUGUAACUCAGAUCGACAGGAAAUUGGAUACUCUAUGAAAAGUUGGAUUUUAAUACUUUUUACCCACCUCAUAUCUGGGUAUCAAGCCCAGACAAAGUUUAGUUUACAAAAUUGCACAAAACAGGUUAUAUUGCUGCUCUAGGUCUACUAUAUUUACUGUUUUAAAAUUUAGUACUGGAAUAUAUGGCUUAAUAAUUGCCGAUCUAUCCCAGGGAAUUAGUUACAUAGAAAUGAGCCCAAAAUGUGAUCAAACGAAUGCAAAAUGCCAACACAUUUGCUAGUUUGUUUUAGUUUAGUAUUUAUUUUGUGGUUACAAAGAACUUCGGUGUAGUCAGUGAACCCAAACGAGGUUUUAGAACUGAGCAAAAAUAGAUAUUUAAUUACUAUAUCUGGAAGCACUUGAUUUUUUUUCUUUACCCACAAAAAGCACAUUGAUGUUCAAGGUUAAUUUCAACAUAUAACGAUAUUGCUGGGCAGUAUUGGAUUCAAAGUUGAAGUUACACAGCAAGCAGUUCAGCUUAAUUUUAGAUGGUGUUUUCCUUGGUAAAAAAAAAAUGGACUUACAAUUAAAAAUUAAUCUAUAGAUUAAUACAGCUUGAAUAUUCAUUUUUUCCAGAAUUAUUAGUUGGUUUGUUUACUCAGAAAAAUUUUUUUAGUCCCCCUCUUUGAAGGACCCUAAUUUAAAAAUAAAUAUAUGGUUGUGAUCCAUGUCAAAAGGCUGAUGUUCAAGACUGCUGAAAUAUUUUUCUAACGAACAGUGCCAUGUGAACUCUUAGUCGGGUCAAGCACUAAUGUUUUUUUGUGUAGUUUUUCUGCUGGACAGUAUUAUAGUAUUAAACAAAGUUAAGUACCUGCUAGAUUGCAGUUAUAUUCUAUUAAGCAGUAGUUAGUUUUAUGUUUUUGUUUUUGUUUUUCUUUCUUUUGUUCUUGUUGUGUGAUCGCACUAGGACAAUAAUGAUGAAUGGAGUGGUUCAUUUGUUGUGAGAUGGUGCAUUCUUUUGGUAAAUCAAAAAUGCAUCUAUUUAAAGAUGCAGUGUACUUCAUCAGCACAUUAUUUAUUGAACAAAAAUGUUCUUUUUUGUAUUUAUGAUUAUUUAAUUUUUUUUAAAGGAAAAUAUUCAUUACCUCUUCUCAUUUUGCGCUCAGUGCUUUUGCCACUGCAUAAAGAAUCCUCAGUGGCGUCCUCUAGUGAAACAGAUUGGCUACUGCUAUAUUCUGGUUAUAUUUUUGUACUGCCAUUGAUCUGAGGCCAACUGACAUUUUUUUUCCACUGUUUUUAAAUACAAACGCAGCUAAACAUUUAUUCUUAUAGAAUUUAUUUUAUCAGGUCAUGUUUUUCCCUAUACCUUUUUUUCUAUUUUUUUUUUUUUCCAAAAGCUGAUUGCUGCACCUUUAGCAACUAUGGACACUUCCUCUCUCAUUAUUGGACUUUCUAUAAUGCCAGAUAUUGUAUUUGUUUCAUCCCAAUAGACUAUUUCUUUAAUAUGAACAUUACAAUUGGGAAAAAAAGAAGAAAUGUCUUGCACCAUUUACAAGAUAGUGGAUCAAAUUUACCAAAUGAGAUAGUUUUCAAGUGAAUUGAUUCAGUCAUUCAGAAUGCAGAUCAUUUAUUUUGGUCACUAUAGGAAUAUUAGUUAUGUAUCAUAUGCCAUAAAGGUUUGCUAAAUUGGAAAGUAAAGAGAGUUUAAUUUAAUUUGGUUUCAUUUUCCCACCCCCCCUUCCCAACUCGACGAAGGCAUUAUAGAAAUGUGUUGACUCACUCCAACACUUUGAAUGGAUAUUGUUUCUGUCAAGUAAAUUCCAUUUACAUUUUGUGCUUCGUUUUGUUUGCAUCAACAAUUUACAAGGGAAAUAUUACUUCACGCUAGGCCUUUUUUGUAUUAUGUAAUUGUGUAUCAUCUAUCCUUUAUGUUCUGUCUUCCUUUUUUUUAUAUAUACAUAUUUUUAUUCUGGUUUAUUAUUUCGUUUAUUCCCCACACCCAUAUGUUUUUUGUGACACAAAUGUAAUGAGGAAAUGUGCAAUAGAAUAAUCGGCAUCUCACCAAAAACAAGGAACUGUCAGACGUUUUUGAUACUGGAUCAAGACCCUUACUUUUUAAUGUCAGCUUUUCACAUCUAGUCAAAGGAACAUUAACUGUCAUCUUUGUUCCACAUUUUCCAAUUGGAUAUUCUGAAUGUCCCAGUGUGCAGGACAGAUGGACAUUGGUGCCUGAAUUCAUAGCAGGACUCUUUGACCCAAACCUUUGUGUUGCCACCAUUUGUGUUGUUGCAUUGCCACAAGACCACAUCUAACGAUAAUGCCUUUUGUUUCUGCCAGUGGGAUAAACUUUGAAGUGGGGGACAUUGGAGUCUUCCUCCUUCACACUGCCAGUGUUUUUAUGUUUCUGUUCAUCCCACUGGCUCGUACCCUUAUCUCGAAUUUAAAAGCAGGACCUCAUGACCAGCCGUUGCUUCCAUCCGGUGUUUCACUCUGUACCUCCACAACCAGUCAGAACAGGGAUUCUCUUAACCUCUUAACUGACCUUUAGACGUCAGAAAGCAUUGCGUUGUUGAACAUUUUUUUUCUCCAAUUUGCUAAGUACCUGUGCGACUCAGCAUUGCUUGAAUGUAACAAGGCCACUUUAGUACAAGAGAAUGCGCUCUCAGUAAUAAAGAUAGAAAAUUGUACUUUUUCUUGUUGUUGGGACGUAUUUUGUACCUUUAGUGUGUAUCUAUUACCUGGGAAGCUGCACACCAUUAAAGUUAAUUGGCUGUUAAGAUCCAAGUAUGCACCUUAAAUCAUUUUUAAAAGUAAACAAUAUUCAUGUUUCCAAGGGAAAGAUACAUACUAAAGUUAGAAAAUAUGCUCCCUCGAAGGUACCACCCCAUUGCCAAGGAAAAGUACGGUGUAUUCCCGUUAUUUCUGAGAGUAUCGAGUGUCUGGAUCAAAGAUACAGAAAAUCCAACAGCUCUUUUUUAAAAACAAAUUUAUCCUUGGUUUGAAGUGGAGGAUUUCAGAGGCCUUUUGAUCUAUUGGAUGUUCUUGUUCUCACAAGGGAAGUCACUCAUGACAGCCCAAGCCUUUGCUGUUUGAAAAGUCGGCCGAGUGAAACAGAACUGAUGCAGCACUACAAUUUGCGCUCACUCGCCUUGCUGGCUACUUUUCUUUGCUGUUCACGUCACUCUUGGAAAAAAGGUUGCCUUUUAAAAGGUUCUUCAGCUUGUCCUUCAGGGGAACCUUUAAAGGUUCUAUGCAGCACUCUAGAAGAAAGGACAGAAUUCCUUCAUAAAACCUAAAACUAACUAUCCAAAGAACCUCUGACGAACCUUUUUUUCUAAGUGUGUACAUAGCAUUAUCUUUUACAGUGUUCCUCUGGUGUGUUCCUUGACCUAAUCUGAGACAGAAGUCUUAUUAGCCCAUUAUCCAUGUUUACAAGACUGAAUGUUUUUAUUUUUCGUGCUCUCCAAUAGUGUUUUGAGAUCCUCCAUGCCUCUGAUCAGUCGGUAUUUGUCCCAUCUGAAAAUAAAUCAGCGCUUGAUAGCUCAUUUUCAGCCUAUGUUUCAAGCAUGGGAUAAAUCCUGAAAGGCGGGGUAUUUGUAAGAGUGUGUGUGCAUGAACGUGUGGAGAUGGUUUGCAUGUUUGUAGGAUUUAUGAGAAGGUGGAAAGAGAAAGUUGAUUGAUGGAUGGUGUUAGUUAGUUUAGGAGGCGGUUUGGGCCCAGUCAGGUGAUAUGAGAUCAAGUUGGACAGCUGUGAUGUACCUGUUCGAACGCAUUCGCUCGAGUUGUAGCCCUGAAGACAUGAAAUCUGACAGAUGUCGGGGAAAAACUGCAGGAAACAGAUGACCAAGCCUCAGAGAUAAUUAACGGUCAGUCUGAGGCCUGUGUAGCUCUGUGAAUCAUUUAUAGCUGAGCCGGGAAGCGUUGACAGCUCGUCUGAGGUUUUAGUAAAAGCUCUAGCCGGUGAAGCUUUGCCUUGGGCCUGCAUUUCUAAAAACACAUGGCUUAUUGCUAGUGCUUUGGUAGAUGAUUGUGAGGGCCUUUUGGUAUUCCGCACAGAUUGACUGUGGGCGGCCUUCAUUACAAAGCAGACGUUUGGAGCACUGCGGGCAUCGAGCGCUGCUGUGAAAUCACAUUAGCCAAGCAGCCAGUUAAUUACAGCUCUUUGGGGGUCGCAUCCUGAACCCCAGUGACAGCUAACUGAGGAAACCGAGAAGUGUGUUUGGAUUAAUGAUGUGUCAGCGAGGGAAAACAUCUUCCCAUGCGAAAUGUGACUUAUUCAGAGCCACUAUAAUGUGAUCGCUGGCUCGACCUGACUCGAAAGACCUUUUGGCGAGGAGCUGAACGAGAAAGCUAGCUGUAUGUGUGGUCUGGUGAGACGUAUGAAGUGUUUCUGAGGAAUUUCUGUAGGUGUUCGUUUCAUGUUUGGUGUUUAUCCACUGCUAUUGAUGUGAUAGAGCUGGAUCCAGAGUGGCAGGGUGCUGUGUUUUUCAUGCCAUCUUCUUGAUGAGAAGCAGCGAGGAACGGCGAACACGCUGGGUCUGUCUAAUGUCUCGCCGCUUGCUAUCUCUGUCGCUGUUUGACUCCUUGCUCUAAUUAUCAUUUCUCUUGUAUUAAUUAACAGUCAAGGAAAUAACGGCAUGCUGAGGCAGAUGAUGACUCGCUCAAAAGCCAUCGACUGCUGUGUGUUGCAUCGAGUCUCACUCUGCCGACAGUAAACAUGCCAUCGAGAGCUGAGUUUAUUAGCAGGGGGGCUUUUAAUAACCCGCCCUCAGGAUUGGGUCCCUGUCAGAUAUAUAGACUUCUUUUCCUACAAUAAUUUAAUUGAAUCUUCAGCAAAUUGAAAGCAGGUGGUCUACAGCAUUACCGUUUGUUUUCAGCAAUGUUUCGUUGUUUUAUCUAUUUUGUAUUUUUUUUCAUGUUUACAUUGUAUCCUGCAUUGCCCUAAAAGAAAAAAACACAAUAAAAUAUAUCAUUCUUCUUCUUUCA